AUGCCCAAAUCCUGUGCUGUUUAUCAAUGUAGCGCUACAUCUGAAAAUGAGAAGAAUCGUUCAUUCCACCAGUUUCCAAAAGAUCCUAAACUGAGACAAGCAUGGAUUGCCAGAAUACGUAGAGAAGGUUUUACUCCUAGUGCUUCGUCGUAUGUAUGCUCCUUCCAUUUCUCUGAGGAGGAUUUCAAUAAAUGCAGCUCAAGCACGACUCCUCGUGAGUUCCAGAAAAAGACCCUCAAGAAAGGAUCAAUCCCCUGUUGGAAUCUUAGAGGAGCUGAAGGAGAUCAGAGAUUGUCUACUCGCACAACGCUUGUCUCACAACGUUCAAGGUGCCCGGAGAACCCAGCUACCUCUAUCGAACUUCCCUUGCCUAUACCUCAGCCUUCAGCAGCAUCGGUUUCAAUGGAAUGGGAUAAUAAUGAGCAAGCUACUUCAAAUGCACAUCAAAAUCAACUAGAGGUGCUGAAAAAUGCUCUUUCAAUUGCCAACAAGCAGGUAGCAGCUUUGGAAAUUGCUGUGUUUAAAUAUGACGUUAUGAGUGCUGAGGACAUUAAAAAUUACACGGGUUUAGAGAAGACAAAAUUCGAUGCAGUAAAAGAGAUGAUCGAUCGUUUCAAGCCAUUAAAUUAUUGGACUGGAAAAGCUGUUACCAGUAUUAGUGGUUCUGAUCAACUCUUGAUAUUUUUAAUGAGGCUGAAGCUUGAUCUUCCAUAUUUUGAUUUAGCAAGAAGGUAUUCUGUAAGCACAACAACAAUACAAAACAUUUUUUUAACAUACUUGAAUAUUUUUCAUGAAACAUUUUUUACUGGAUGCAUGGACAAGAUGCCAUCAUUAGAGAAAAAUAAAUGUACCAUGCCAGCAUCUUUUGCAGACAUACCAAAUUGCAGAACAUUGAUAGACUGCACAGAGCUUUUUAUUGAUACACCAAGAAAGGACCUGGAAGCAGCAGCUGUAAGCUACAGUAAUUAUAAGCAUAGGCUCACUGCUAAGUAUCUGAUAGCAGUUGCCCCUAAUGGAAGUAUUACUUUUGUAAGUGAUGGCUACCCAGGCAGCACAAGUGACAAAGUGAUUACAGAUCAGUCACAAGUCAUAUCAAGUUUGAAGGCUGGUGACCUAAUAUUGGCUGACAAAGGCUUCAUGAUUCAUGACCUUGUACCAAAGGGAAUAUUUCUAAAUCUUCCACCUUUUCUUUCUGGCAAGAAACAGUUCUCCAAAGAAGAAGCCAUGUUUUGCAAGAAAAUAGCCAGUCAGCGCAUACAUGUGGAGAGAGCAAUAGAAAGAUUAAGAAAUUACAAAAUACUUAAUUUGAUAACAACAAAUUUGAGACCUUGGUGUAACAAACUUGUGCAGACAUGUGCUGCUUUGGUAAAUUUGCAAUCAGCAAUAAUUAAUGGUGUUUUUGAUAAAUACAUAUUUCUUGUUGCUAAAAAAUGAAUCAACAGAUUUCAUAAACUAGUUUAUACAUUGUGGUAAAAAUUCAUUAGCAUAAAAAUCUUUUAACUUUGGAAUGUUAGUCUCAGCCCAUGAUGUGCUACGGCUAACAUAAAUAACUUUUAUUUCCCUUGUUGUCCAAACAACAAAAUGUGCCCAGGUAGCAUUUGCAGCUAUCAUUUCACCUUGAACUUGGUGCCAGUAACUGUGACUUUCAUUAAGAGUUGCAUCCAGUUUAAGGUAAAAGCUUGUAGAUCUUUUAUUUUCCACCUCUUCCUUGAUAAUCUCUGCAACUGUAUGGUCACGAUGUUUCCAAGGGCAUUUAAUUUCCAAUACACCAACAUCAUUAGUUGCAACAUCCUUUAAAUUUAUUAUUCCAUCUGGGGAACACCCAAGAAAACCACAAGGUAAUAAUAUUAAACCAACAGACUUUACAGUGUUACCUGUCAGUUUAAUAUAUUCUUGAAGAGCUUUCUCUUCAUGCAUCUGUCCCCACAUUAUCGAGUCCUUGCCAGCCAAUGAAUAUUCACCUUUAAGUGUUUUGAAUAGAGAUGGUGGAUAUGGUUUACCAUUCAACACAUGUCGUUCAUAUGCUGCAAGAACCAGCCCAAAACUGCUUCCUGUCAGGCGAAGGUACCUGUGUUUUCCCCAUAAACUUGACUUGUACUGGUCUUUUGUGUUCUCAGCUAGCCAAGCAAUUUGCUCACUUGAGACUGAACACCUUUCAAAAAACUUAUUUUGGUCUUCUUUAAAUAGCCCAAGUAGCUGAAAAACUUGCACUGGUUCACAUAAAGAUUCCCCAUCCAAUAAUGUACUUGGGGGUUCUGGGCCAAUGAUCCAUUGCAAAGGACAGGCAGCUGAUCUACUUAGCUGGUCAAAGAGAAAUUGUUUAUCUGCCUCAUCUACUUUUCUAGAAGCUGCUUUGUAAUCAGGCCUUGGAUGGGGGAAUAAAUCAGAGAUUGUUCUCACCUCCUGUUUAGCCGCUUUUUUAGGACGAGCAAUCCAUGAGUUUGGGAGGUCUGUCUUUGAGAAUCCCUUCUUAUUGACAUAAAUAGAUGCUGCUGCCAUAUGGCUACAGAUCCAUUUUCCACGGGGGCAUUCGCAAAUCGCCUGCUUGAUCCCACCAGAUCCAUCAAUCGUCAAGGAAACGCUGUAGCUUUUGUCCUUCAUUGUUGCUCUGACCUUUGCAUUGACUGUCAAUUCAUCGAUUCUUAAGUCCAAAACAAAGUCAGACUUGAAUUUCAAUUCACCUUUCCUGACAGUAUUUGUGUCAUCUUUAAAAAAAUCCAAGAUUUCCGCUAACGUGAUAAUUUCAGUAUCCAUUAUUCUCAAAUUGAACAACCAGCGUUUUGAAGCAAACAAAUUGGGAAAGUAACAAAGUUUAACGAUUUGACACAAAUUCUGCUUGCCUUGAGCGAUAAUAAGACUUUAAUGAUGAUUAAUGACACAAGAAAACUACAUAAAAUUGAGAAUUUCGACGUUAGAAUUUGAUUUUAUCUUCGAUCACAGUGAAACGCCGUAUGUAAACAUUCAACUCAGAUCGGUUGCUACCACGUCGCCAAGGGUCGGCACAGUUAACCAAUCAGAUGCGAUUUCCGGUUAAGGAGCGUAUAAGGAUACAUUAUGAUAAACUCUAUGAUAAACUCCAGGGGCGGCGGGCAGUGUUAUUACCGUUAUUACUGUAAUAACACUUUUUCCAAAGUCUUUAUCAGUUUGGUGCAUUCAUCUGCUAGACACAACCAAUGACGUAGAAAUAAUAUGGUAUCUUUCCUCUAUUCAUCUGAAGGGGAUGAUAAUUACCUGCUAAUCCUUAACCACAGGAAGCCUAUUAUGUUUUUCAAUGGUAUUUCAAAUGGUUCAAAGCUAGUUCGAGGCUCUCGGUCUCAUUAUUACUUUCGCGUUUCUAAUAACGGAAACAGCAAAGUCUUUGUCACGGGACUUACCGAUGACGUAAAAUUAAAUUGUUCUUGGUCCUUGAAAUAAAGGAGCCUAGCAGCCCCGUUAUUACUUCUGGGAUUCUAAUAACGCGGCCAUUUACCUUUUGCCCGUGCUGUUUUAUGAUUUUGCUUGUAAGUUAGCUGUUUCAAAAUGAAUCGUGUUGUGAAAGAUCAAGUGAAUGACCAUCGUCUGGGUGUUCAAAGUGUUAUUAUUUUGUAUCUCUAAUUAUUUUGAAACAGGUGGAAUUAACUCACUAGCAACGUCUUGAACUGAAAGACCGUGCCAGAUAUAUCUCCUCAUGUAUUUUUCUAUAAUAAAUUUUUAGCCUGCAUCCUUUCAAAUUUUAUUUGUACAUUUGUAAACUGUAGCUAUUCAAAAUGUUGCAAGUUGCUUAUGUAAAGGCAUUUGAAAUGAAUGAUGAACUGAACUGAACCUUGAAUGUAUUCAGGGGGCUUUCACGCAGUGGUUUCCGUUAUUACAAUCGCGAGUCUAAUAACGGGCCCACAUGGUGGCUCAGAGGAAGGGGCCGCCAAAUAUUUUUCACGACUAAUCACCACUCGAAAGCCCUUCAGACAAAUGUUACAGCCCUCCAGUUUGUUUAAAAACACCAACAGGAAAUCAGGCUCUUCAUAGAUUUCUUUUUGAUAUGCUAGUAAGGAAGUAUCUGCAUUUAUUUUCUAGGAGAUACAGCACUAAAAUUGCCAAUUAAUUUAAAACUUUCAGCAUUCGCUCAGAUUCUUAGUUGUUUACAAAAAUGUGUAUACCCGACCAAUUUAUGUCUUUUAGUGACUUUUUGUUUGUUGUUUAGAGUCAAUUGAAGAUAUGCAAAUUUCCCCAACGUAUGGCUGGGCCAAAUCGGGGGGGGGGGGGGUGUUGCAAAACCC